UUCUCCCUCCUCCUCCUCACACAUCUGGAGUAUCUGAGUAUCAGACACAACUUGGUGGCACUUUCCUGCCUCACUGCUGACAAUGUCUUUCAUCCCCGUAGACUCAGACUCCGAUUUUCCCAUCCAGAAUUUGCCGUAUGGGAUAUUUUCUACUGAAGAUGAGCCACGACAUCGGAUAGGAGUAGCCAUUGGCAACCAAAUCCUGGAUCUGAGUGUCAUCAGGCAUUUGUUCACUGGCCCUUUCUUGUCGGCAAAGCAAGAUGUAUUUAAUGAGCCCACCCUCAAUCAUUUUAUGGCCCUUGGGCACAACGCAUGGAGAGAGGUCCGAGAAGUUCUUCAAAAGCUGUUGGCGUCAUCAGAGCCCACACUACGGGACAACAAGGAGCUCUGUGCCAGAGCAUUUGUGCCACAAUCUAGGGCAAAGCUUCAUCUGCCAGCAAAUAUAGGGGAUUACACUGACUUCUAUUCCUCUAAGGAUCAUGCUACAAACGUGGGGAUUAUGUUCAGAGGGAAAGAGAAUGCUCUGAUGCCAAACUGGUUGCAUCUUCCUGUUGGUUAUCAUGGACGGGCAUCUUCUGUUGUGGUAUCUGGAACUCCAAUCCGGAGACCAAAGGGGCAAACAAGGCCAAGUGAUGACAAGCCGCCAAUUUUUGAGGCCAGCAAACUCCUGGACAUUGAGUUGGAAAUGGCUUUCUUUGUGGGCCCUGGAAAUGCUUUAGGAAAACCAAUUCCCAUUCAGAAGGCUGACGAGCACAUCUUUGGCAUGGUAUUAAUGAACGACUGGAGUGCUAGAGACAUUCAGAAAUGGGAAUAUGUUCCGCUUGGGCCAUUCUUGAGUAAAAACUUUGCAACCACUAUAUCUCCAUGGGUUGUACCCAUGGAAGCCCUGAUGCCGUUUGUGCUGCCAAAUCCAGUCCAGGAUCCUGAGCCAAUGCCGUAUCUCCGGGAUGAGAGUAAUUACACAUUCAAUAUUAACUUAUCUGUCUGCCUUCAAGGAGAUGGUAUGAAGGAGGCUGUGACUAUAUGCAGAUCUAACUUCAAGCACAUGUAUUGGAAUAUGAAGCAGCAGCUGGCUCAUCAUACCGUGACAGGCUGUAAUGUUCGCCCUGGGGACCUCUUGGCAUCUGGAACCAUAAGUGGACCGAAUCCUGAAAGUUUUGGCUCCAUGUUGGAACUUUCCUGGAGAGGGUCAAAGCCAAUUGACCUUGGAAAUGGUCACACACGGACAUUCUUAAGGGAUGGAGAUACUAUAGUUAUAAGAGGUUAUUGCCAAGGAGAAGGAUAUCAUGUUGGAUUUGGAGAAUGUUCGGGAACGAUUCAGCCAGCCGAAUAGAAAACUACACUAUGGUUGUUGCUGGAUUAUAACUGGACAAUGUAGUAAUAUUCCUUAAAAGUCAUGCAGAGAGGCAGCCGAAUGGAGCAACGUUUUGCAAAUUUGUAAUUCUUAAUUGUUGAAGUAUUAUCAUCUAGGUCAUUGAGGGAGUGAAGCUUGUCAUCAUCUGCCUACUGGUGCCUUUAAUGAGGGUUGUAUAUGGCUUAUACAGAUUCCGGGUGGCUGAUUUGGAACAGAUCAUCCAGUCAUGGAACCUGGAUAUUAUAUAUAUGUGCCUUUUUAAAGGGUCAGUUUGUAACCUUAAGUGUGAGUACAACAAUGGAGAACCUUUAAACAUUCCACACAGAUAUCUGCUAGUUCUCCUACACCAGAAAAACUUAGUGCUGUCUGACAGUAUUCAGUAAUAUGGUAUCCUGUAAAAUACACUUCUGACUCAUUUCAGAGGCCACAAGGGAGCAGAAUGAUCCGGCACCAGUCUGAAUAAUUUUGAAAAUAUAUAAAAAAACAAAAAUGGACAAUACACCAUGGAUAAAUCCCAGUAUAAAUGUGUCCUGCUUGGUGGUGCGCACAGAGUCAGGUGAAUAUACGUUACACAAGGGGGAGAGAAAGAAGACUCUUGUGUACGCACACACAAGAGUCUUCUUUCUCUCCCCUUUGUGUAACGUCAUUUCAGAGGCCUCAAUUAAAACAUUAGUUAGCAUUCAAUCCAUUCCCUGCACUCCCUGCAAUGAAUAUGAUUCACCAUGCUUCAACCCCUUAAUGCAGUAUGGGAAAUCCUUGGCAUUCUCACUACAUUCCCAUGAUGCUCAGCCCUCUCUUGAAGAAUGAAUGAAUUCAUUUGUUAUGUUUCCUAUUGCUGCAGUAUGCUCUAAUUCACAAUUUUAAAAAGGAUAAUUCCAGCUCAGCACAUGGUUUUGGACCAGGGUCAGAGCAGUGUACAUUCUGUCUAGAGAGUGAAUUAGAGGGGUUUUUUCUAUUAAAAUAUGCUGUACUGCGAAUGUAUCUCUUAUUUUAUUCUCAUAUGUUCUACAGCAAUACUGAUAAUGACAAAGCAAGAACAAAAAUAGCAUUUAUUCUAAUUCUGGAUCUUGGCCAGACGUCUCUGCCAAUACUACUCAUGGCUUGCAGUUCUCUUUAUUGAACAAUUAUGAGUUUUGGCAGCAGUACAAUAGGCAAUUGUACUACAUGUACUUGACCACAAGAUGGCAAUGGGUAAAAAUAAAUAAAUCAUUAAGCAACA